CCUCCCUCAACCCUCUGUGAGGGAAUGUUGCAAAGGUAAGUCAACUUAUUGGGGCUGUUCCCAAUCCUCUAUUCUCUUCUUUUUUCUUCUUCUUCUUCUUCCUUUUCUCCCUCUUUCCCCUUUUUUGGGGGGGGUACCGUCCACAGUUCGCCGUCGCUCUCUCUCUCUCUAUCCGCGACACCGCCUCGGCCCCUCCAACCACCGCUGUCCUCCAGUCCAACACAUUUAUUAUUCGAUCCAAUCCACCGGGUGCAUGCUCUCGAUAUCUGGUGAGACCGCUGCAUAACCCCCCCUCCCCCCGUUGUUUUUAAUCUCGACCGCAACCCGUGGACAGCCUCUGACGUGGACCCCUGGAACGUGCGCCCCCUACACCAGCGUUCCUCUGCUGGUGCGGGCAUCAGAAUGCCUUCUGCCGACGACUCUCCUCCAGCCCGAACCAACGGCUCUAGCGCGAGGUCGGACCAGCUUGCCCAUUAUAAAUCCCAAUAUGAGCAGCUAGAGGCCGAGUUGGCCGAUUUCCAGGCUUCCAGCCGCGAAUUGGAGGCGGAGCUCGAGAAGGAAAUCGAGGCGUCGGAGAAGCGGGAGCGGCAGCUGAAGGAGAAAGUGGACAACUUGCGAUACGAGGUGGAUGAGUGGAAGUCCAAAUACAAACAAGCCAAAUCCGAAGCCAGCUCCGCUCAGAAUACGUUGCAGAAGGAGGUCACAUCGCUGCGGGAUGCCAACCGGACACUACAGCUGAAGCUACGAGACAUUGAAGUGGCCAAUGAUGACUACGAACGCCAGGCCCGCCACACGACUUCGUCCCUGGAGGAUUUGGAGUCCAAAUUCAACAUGGCCAUCGAGCGGGGCGUGCUAUUGGAGGAAGAGAUCAAGGGUGGUGAACAGGAGCGGGAGCAUCUCCGAAUUGAAAACCAACGCCUUCGUGAUGAAUUAAAUGACCUCAAGAUCGAAACCGAAAUUGUCCAGGAGAAGUUGCGAAAUGCCGAAUGGCAUGGUGGUGGUCGCCGUCACCGUCCCACUCCCUUGCAUCGUACUCCAUCGACACCGCAUACCCCAGAGAUCUUUGACCGGUCCCCGGGAACGUCGACCGUGUCGUCGCCGCUGUUUGCCACGCCUCCGAUGAAACUGACGCUGGCCUCGGCCACGGCCACCCCACCCUCACCUCCCAUGUCGGAAACCUCGAGCAGCAUGCGCAAGUCGCUCAAUGCCACCCCCGGGUUCCCGCUCCAGAAGGUUUCUGCGUCCGAGGCGCUGGGAUCCCGGUCCCUGUACGGGUCGAGGACUCAACGCUUCUCAUCCCACUCCCGCGCGACAUCUUUCGCGUUAAGCAAUGGCCGGUCCACGCCGUCGGUGGCCUCGCGCCCGAGUCUGCCGAAGCAGAACCACCACCACCACCACCACCACAACCCCCCGGCAAACAAUCCCGCGCCUUCCGCCGCGUCUCGUAUGCCGGCGAUCCCCAAAUCCGGAUCCUUAUACCAGAUCCGCGGUCUGAUUGGAAAGAUGCAGAAGCUCGAAGAGCGGGUUCAAUCGGCCAAGUCAAAGCUCCCGCCGCCGUCGGACACGGCUUCCCGGACAUCUUCCCGGUCGGGGUCUGUUCUGGGUGGGGGGGAUAGCCCGGUUGCGUCUACGCUGACGAUGCGGCGGGAGGCUCGCAAGCGAAUGAGUGGCAGCAGCUUCAGUUCCUCGAUCCGGGAGGGCGAUGGGGGUGUCUCGUCAUCUUCCUACCUCCCCAGCCGUCCGUCGUAUGGAACGCGGACGCAGGACAGUCGGCCCAGCAGCCGCACCAGUUUCUCCAGCUCCUUGAGCCAGAGCACGCACCCCAGCGUGGCGGCGGCGUCGUCGACGCGGCCGGAGAGUCGCCAAAGUCGCACGAAAACGCCGCUGGGACACUAUUCGACGAACCCCACGACGGAAAGCCGACGGCCGCGCUCCUCGCUGAGCAACCCGGCGGGACCGAGUACUCCGUUGAACGGCAUGACUCACAUUGAGGAGGACGAAGGGGUUGGGGCACCGCCGCUGGUGCGAGGCCCCGUGAAGAACGGCCGGGCGACGCGACUGCCGUCCUUCUCGACGCUGGGCGGGAUGAAGAAACGAAGCACGAGCGGGAUGACAGGAAUCCCGGGGCCGCGGAGCUUUCGAACGAGUCAGGGGAUUGAUCGUGGAGAGGGGAAGAUGGGGCCGCCCGAAGUGAAGACGAACGUGGUUGGGGGUGAUUUGGGGGAGACAUUCUGAGUGUAUUCUAGUAAUCUGUCUCUUCUUUUCUUUCUUUUUUGUUCAUUCUUGCGCGGACCGGUUGAGGGUUUAUGAUAUUUACGGCUGGUACGCAAGUGUUUAAUCUUUCUUUUUGCUCUCCACGUAUCGUGUACAGAAAUCUUUAGCGGAUUGAAUCGAUAUACCCCGUGAUGUAUUUCUCUACAUAGAGAUAUUUCUAUAUAUAGAUAU